AUGGCACGCACAAAGCAAACCGCUCGCAAAUCACAAGGUGUUAAAGGCCCAAGGAAGCAGCUCGCCAAGAAGGUUGCUAUGAAGUCCGCCCCGACCACCGGCGGCGUGAAGAAGCCCCACCGCUACCGCCCUGGGACUGUCGCCCUCCGGGAAAUCCGAAAGUACCAGAAGAGCACGGAGCUGCUAAUCCGGAAGCUACCUUUCCAGCGUUUGGUUCGUGAGAUUGCGCAGGAUUUCAAGACGGACCUGAGGUUUCAAAGCCAUGCGGUGCUAGCUCUUCAGGAAUCGGCAGAGGCGUAUCUUGUGGGGCUGUUCGAGGACACGAACCUUUGCGCUAUUCACGCAAAGAGGGUCACUAUCAUGCCCAAGGACGUCCAGUUGGCUAAGCGCAUUAGGGGCGAGCGCGCGUGA